AUGACUUUGAUGGUGACUUUGAAAUCCCAGCAAGGGGAUAAGAUCAACACAGCAUCGGCUAAGUGCCGGUCGGAAGCAGCUCUGUUGGCCGGCCUGGCCACUGAGAAGGCGGCCAAUGAGUUGGGCCUGCCAGCUUGGGAGGCGGACGAGCUCUCCGCCUUGAUCGCUGGUGAGGUGACCUUCGAUGCUUGUGUGAACGAGAAGAUGUCCCCAGAGCUGUUGGCAGUCGAAGUCGGCAAGGCCACUCAUGCAGCUGCCCUGGCGGCUGGCAUGGUGACACAGAAGGCAGCAGAGAUGGCGGCUGCAGCCGUGGCUGUGGCUGCAGCCUAG